GAAGUAGAGUAAUCCUGUGUUUGUUUGGAGGAGAAAAGGGGUGGUGGGAAUGCAUACAUACAAGCACACACACAUACUUGCGGCUGAUGUAACAGAAACAAAGCUGUGAUCACAAUGGAGUGACCGUUUUUUUGAAAGGAAAGACGGAAGAGGAGAGCUGUCUGGUUAUGUUCUGACGGAGAUUGUGUACAUCUACAUUUCCUGAUUGACCACAUUCCUGCCUCCAUCAUGUCGCUGCUGACUCACGUUCUGGCGUGCCUGUUUGGUAUGGGCUCCUGGGUAGCCAUCAACGGGAUGUGGGUGGAGCUUCCCCUGGUCGUACCGCAGAUCCCAGAGGGCUGGUAUCUGCCAUCAUACCUCACAGUCAUCAUCCAGAUGGCCAACAUAGGUCCUCUCUUCAUCACUCUGAUGCACCGCUUCCGCCCCGGGAUGCUCAAUGAGCGGCUGAUCAUCUACUCCAUUGUAGGGUUGGGGAUUGUUGCUACAUUCCUGCUGGCCUUCUUCUGGAGGCACACAGUGACGAUAGGGGCCUCUUUGCACAGUGUACCCCUGCUGGUGUUGAGCUUCCUGCUCUCUGUGGUGGACUGCACCUCCUCUGUUACAUUUCUGCCUUUCAUGAUGCAGCUGCGUCCCCAGUACCUCACCACGUACUUCACAGGUGAAGGCCUCAGCGGUCUGGUGCCUGCACUGGUGGCUCUGAUUCAAGGUGUUGGUGUGGUCCACUGUCAGAAUGCCACUUUGGCUGAUAACGCUACUAUUGCUAGUGGAGAGCUACUAGCUGUCUACCAGCCAGCUAAGUUCUCUGCCCAGGUCUUCUUUGUGUUCCUCAGUGCCAUGAUGGUUGUGUGCCUUAUAGCCUUCAUCCUACUCAACCAUCACCCAGCUGUGGCUCGAGAGAGAAAGAACGACCUGUACUUCAGUGGUGAUCUGGCCCCUGGGAAGAGAGACGAAGGUCUGUCUCUGCACGCCCAUACACCAGAGCAGAAGCCUAUGAUCAGCCCACUGGAAGCCGGCAGGAGGGAGCCCAGGAGCUCCUUUGGGAGGGGGACAUACAGCAAUCUGGAGGUGGGGUUCAUCUUUCUUGUACUGGCUUGGGUCAAUGCUCUGACCAACGCAGUGCUGCCCUCAGUCCAGUCCUACUCCUGUCUGCCCUACGGGAACAAGGCCUACCAUCUAGCUACCACCAUGGCAGCUGUUGCCAACCCAGUGGCCUGCUUCAUCGCCAUGUUUGUGCCGAUUAGGUCUCUCCUCUUAAUGGGUUUCUUGGUCAUGGUUGGGACUGGGUUUGGAGCCUACAUCAUGGCCAUGGCUGCUCUUAGUCCCUGCCCCCUGCUGGUCCACAGUGACUCUGGAACUGCUGUCAUAGUGCUGGUCUGGGUCCUGUUUGUCCUCUCCCUGUCCUACGUGAAAGUCAUCAUUGGGGUCAUUCUGAGGGACGAAGGCCACAGUGCCCUCGUGUGGUGUGGAGCAGUAGUGCAGUUGGGCUCCAUGAUUGGUGCCUUGUCCAUGUUCCCGUUAGUCAGUGUAUAUGGACUCUUCAGGUCAGGUGAUGCUUGCAACACCAAGUGUCCUAUGUAGUGAAUAAAUAUGUUUAAGUUAAACACAGUUUUCAGUAAAAAACUGUAUAAUGAUGCGCUUAUUGUAGAUGCACUGAACCCAUGCAGUCGUGAGCUUUACAUAUAGGUAUUGUUACGGUCCUGAGCUGUUUACCUACAACAGUAUCACUCCCUGAUGUUCUUUAACUGAUAUGCUCUUAUCAGAGUCAGAUGGUUUAUGUUUUCUACAGAUAUCUGUAUGUAUUGACGAACGGAGCUCAGCACAAAGAUGAAAUGACUUCAACAUUAUUAAUGUGUCAGAUCACACAAGACCACUUUGUUGUUGAGCAUUUUGAAAUUCCUUCUCUGGUCAGAGGUUGAAGCCAGUUUACUUGAAGAUAAUACGAUGUGAAGGUAUAAUUGAUUGAUGUUGCUUUUCUAAGAACAUAUGGUACUUUUGGCUUUAAAAUGCUAAUCUGACAGAUUUGUACUUGUUUUGGGUGUACAUGGUUGUACAUUCUAACUUGCUUUGUAUAUGUUACUUGUGUGGAGAAACUGUUCAACAAUACCAAAUAAAACAUGGUU